AGUUGGCGGAGCCAGGGUGGGCUCCGGGCUAAGCAGAGCCCGGGGCUCCGGCUGGGCUAGGAGGCGAGGCCGGAGCCGCAGUGGAGACGGGCUUUCCCGGGGCUGGGACGGGCAGCGCUGGCGAGAGGCGGCCCCGCUGCCUCCUCUCCUCUCCAAGGGGAGUUUCCAGGAAGUGGCCAUAUUGGAUCCAUUCAGCCGCAGCGACCCGAGUGGAGAGCGAGCCUCGGAGCCGGCUCCGAUCCCACGGAUCCCGUGUCCCGGCCUCCCUCGAGUCCGUCCAUGGCGGCUCCGGACCUGCAGCGCCGCUCGAAAGAAGAAAUGCGCCUUCUCACUCUGGGGGGCCAUGUGGGCUUUGACAGUCUCCCAGACCAGCUGGUCAGUAAGUCCGUAUCUCAGGGCUUCAGCUUCAACAUCCUCUGUGUGGGAGAGACAGGCAUUGGAAAGUCAACACUCAUGAACACACUCUUCAACACGAUCUUUGAGACAGAAGAGUCUGGACACUACGAGACCUGUGUACACCUCCGACCACGUACUUAUGACCUCCAGGAGAGCAAUGUGCACCUCAAGUUGACCAUUGUGGAUGCAGUUGGUUUUGGAGACCAGAUCAACAAGGAUGAGAGUUACAGGCCUAUAGUUGACUACAUCGAUACGCAGUUUGAAAACUACUUGCAGGAGGAGCUAAAGAUCCAACGCUCUCUAUUUGACUAUCAUGACACGAGGAUCCAUGUCUGCCUCUAUUUCAUCACCCCCACGGGACAUUCCCUCAAGUCCCUGGACCUGGUGACCAUGAAGAAGCUGGACAGCAAGGUGAACAUCAUCCCUAUCAUUGCCAAAGCUGACACCAUUUCAAAGAGUGAACUACACAAGUUCAAGAACAAGAUAAUGAGUGAAUUGGACAAAAACGGGGUCCAGAUCUACCAGUUCCCUACAGACGAUGAAGCAGUGGCCGAGAUCAAUGCUGUCAUGAAUGCCCAUCUGCCCUUUGCUGUGGUUGGCAGCACUGACGAGGUAAAAGUUGGGAACAAACUGGUUCGAGCUCGGCAGUACCCCUGGGGCAUCGUGCAGGUGGAGAAUGAGAGUCACUGUGACUUUGUGAAACUUCGAGAGAUGCUGAUCCGUGUGAACAUGGAGGAUCUCCGAGAACAGACACACAGCAGGCACUAUGAACUGUAUCGGCGCCAUAAGCUUGAAGAGAUGGGCUUCCAGGACACAGCAGCAGAGAGCAAGCCUAUUAGCCUCCAGGAGACCUAUGAAACUAGGAGGAAGGAGUUUCUAUGUGAGCUGCAGAAAAAAGAAGAGGAGAUGAGACAGAUGUUUGUGAACAAGGUGAAGGAGACAGAGCUGGAGCUGAAGGAGAAGGAGAAGGAGCUUCAUGAGAGAUUUGAGACCUUAAAGAGGACCCACCAGGAAGAAAAGCGGAAGGUGGAGGAAAAGCGACAACAACUGGAGGAGGAGAAACUUGCCUUCAACCGGAGGAAGGCAGCUGUCGAGGCCAUGCAGGCCCAAGCCUUACAAGCCACCUCACAGCAACCACUGAGAAGGGACAAAGACAAGAAAAACUGUAAGGGGAUGAUCACAAAGUCCAACGUGGAGCCCUUAAAGUACAGUAGCUGGUGGCAAGCCAUACAGUGCUGCUGCAACUGCCUGGUCAAGAAUCCGACGGGGCAGGAGCGAUUCCUCUGAGGCAGCUCAUUUAGUAGACGGGGACAGUUGGAUAGCACCAUAACCUGGAACUGGAGUGAAGAGAUUUUGUUUUUCUAAAAAAGUAAAGAAAAAAAAUUAGAACAUCAGCAAACUCUUUACUUUAAUAAUAUCAUCAGCCCAAAGUACAAACUGGUUCAGAUUCACAUCAGGGAAAUUCAGGUGUUGCCCAGCCCCCAUCACAAAGGCGACAACACCAUGAUGUCCAUCCCAGUGGAGUACAAAUCAUUCAAAUACGGUUAAAGAAUCUCUGCUUUCUAACAAGCCUAUAACCUCACAAUCCUGAAAUGCCAAGAUUGCUGAAUAGCAACAGGAGCUGCCAAGCUAAAAGAAAAGUUAUGUAUGUCACUGUCACAUGGCAAGAAACUUCUUAGCUUGGUUGUGACCCUUUCCCCAAAAGAAAUUGCUCCUGGUGACUUCUUAUCAUUCAUCAUCAUUUCAUAGACUUUUUCUGUUCUAUUCAUGUUGCAUAAUUUUGCCUUACUAACAAAUCAUUUCCCUAAGGAAGACUAUCAUUCCCCUUUAAAAUAAAACACAAAACCACUACCUUUUUAUUUUAAGUGCCAGAUCAAUAUGGUCUAAAGCCUGAAUAAAGGUUAAACAUAUGGGUGAGUAAAAAGACAGCUGAGAGAAUGUGUGUGUAAAUUACAGCAAUCUGAUAGCUUUUUAUGUACAGUAUUAUUAGAAUGGAAAAGUAGAAAUAUUUUUGCAGUGUGUAUUUUAAAAAUGAGAGAAAAAUUAUCAUUAUAGUGCCGUCUAAAAUAUUUGUAAAGUUAAUUUAAUCAUCUUUUAAAAGUGGGAUUCUGGUUUAAUAAUAUUUUGAAUAUUUAAGGUCUAUUUUCCACUGUUGCAUUCUUCAUAAGACAUGCAGAUAGUUUAAUUCAUGUGCAGACAGAUCCUUUGUGUGCAUCUGUGCUUUGUAGUCUUACUUGGUAAAUAGCUGCUUAAACCCAAACAAACCAACCUAGAACUCCCCAAAUUCCCUUGCUUAUAGGGAAUAAGAAGUCCACCAGAGUUGCUGUAAAAAAGAUCCUAGGGAAGCCUUCCUAGGAUGACCUUCUGCAUUCUCAGCAGCUCUGUAGGAGUACAGUGAUGAUACAUAGCAAAUAUCAUCAUGGGUGGUAUUACCUGUAAAGAGAUGAAAAUAAAAAAGACAGAUUCCUACCA